AUGACUGGCACAAAGGCUUGUCAUGAUAAUUCUGAUUCUGUGCAGUUAUGUGAUUUAUAUGAAAAUGACUCAAUCUUUGACAAAUUCGAAUGUUGCCUGAGUGGGGAUGGACUUCGGGUAGCAACAGGUUCAUACAGCAAUCUUUUCCGUGUUUUUGGUUGUGCUUCUGGGAGUAAUGAAGCCACAACUUUGGAAGCCAGUAAAAAUCCCAUGAGGAGACAUGUCCAAAAUCCAGUGAGACCUGCAAGAACUCUUGGCAGUUUAACUCGAGCAGUCAGGCGAGGACCUGAAAAUCAAGGAAUUGAUGGAAACGGGAACGGAUAUGAUUUCACGACAAAAUUACUUCAUUUGGCAUGGCAUCCAACUGAAAAUUCUCUCGCCUGUGCUGCGGCUAACAGCCUGUACAUGUAUUAUGCCUGAAAUUGUUGCAGAAAUAGUCAUCACUCAUCCCGAUUCUUUUUUGGAGGUUGUUCCUCGAGAAAGCUCUCAUGCUUUUCAGACAACAAACCAGAAAUCAUCAUGGGUGUCAAUAGAUGCUCACACAUUCUAUAACAGAGCAAGAUGAGGCAGGCUGCAUUCCAUGAUUACAUUUAUCACCUUAACUUCCCACUUCCUUGCCAACAGCUUGCUUCUGAUUCUUUUUGGAGAAAGACGAAGAUGUUUGUAUUUCGGUUAUAUUGUGAUCAAUUGUUCGGCUUCAAGAGCGCAAAUGAAGGAUUUUGAAUAGAUCUAUGUCUAAGUCUUGCAACUCUAGGAGAAAGGGAAUCAAUGGCUUGUACUGCUGAACCUGAUUUUUGAGGCUUGUGAAUGCUAUCAUUAUUAUUGUUUCUCUUUCUCUGCGCCCUUUUUUAUUUCACCUCAACAUUGUUCAAAAGUCUUGAGCUCUCUGUUGUUCUGCUGAUGUUAACUACUGUGAAUUUCUGAUAAAUAAAAGUUUCAGCCAGGAUAUUUAAUAUCAGAA